AUGGAGGAAGCAACCCUACCCGAAGAGAUUAUAGUGCAUAUCGUCACCCGGCUGCCCGUGAAAUCCUUACUCCGAUUCACCUGUGUUUCCAAACGCUUCCAUUCCAUCAUUCUCUCCGACCCCAAAUUCGCUAAAUCCCAAUUGCAAGCAGCUCGUGACCGCAAUACCCAUACUCAGAGACUCCUCUACUCCGCAGACGGUCCUCGGUUCAAAUCCCUAGACCUUGAAACGCCGUCGUUUGGGGACCCUUCCUCUGUCAGAGAGCUCCAAUUGCCUUUCCAGCCAGAUUCCAAAUGUGUCACGCUAUUGGGCUCCUGCAACGGUAUUGUAUUUCUCACUAAUAAUAAGGAAGUAUAUUAUAUGUGGAACCCGUCAACUAGAUUCUUCAACAGAUUACCUGACCCUGGUUUUUCACCAAGUCAAAGGGCGCUCGAGUUUUAUGGUGUUGGCUAUCUGCCGGCCACCGACGACUACAAAGAUUUUGUAGUCUCCCCAGAAUUGCUCAAUAGCAAGAAUAUUUUGAGCCAUAUCCCGAAUGAGGCCGCCAUUUACUCGUCCGGAUCGAACGCUUGGAAAACAUUUGAGUUCGAUGCAUUACCUGUUAUGGAUUGGGAUUGUCAGGGGACUCUUUUGAAAGAGGCCCUUCAUUGGCUCGGUACUCAAAAUCAAAUCGUUGCUUUCGAUUUGGCUCAGGAGGAGCAGCACAAGUUCAGGAAAAUGCAGCUGCCGCCCAACCUCCAUAAUGGAAGAGGAGGUGGCAAUUAUUCAAACCGUUUUAGCGUUUCUGCUGUUGGAGGAUGCCUGUCGCUGGCUCGUUAUCAGCGGGCUGCCAUUGACUGCAUUGAUGUAUGGGUCAUGAAAGAAUAUGAUGUGCAUGACUCGUGGACUAAACUUUAUAACUUGAAGUUGUCAGACCCCCUUAAGGAGCGAUGGAAUUUCAGUCGUGUCUACAUUAUGGAAGCUAGUGUGGUUGCCGAGAUAUUUUCUCGAGUCCUUAUGAGAGAACUGGUAAAGAUUGAUCAGACAGGAGAAGACAAUAUGAUUGAGGGUGAUUGGAAUGACAUGGUUCAAUAUGAAGAGAGUCUACUUCGGAUAGAUCAUUAG